UAGAACUCCCCGUUCCCGCGCUCGAACCGUCACUCGUAGAAAUCCUCAAAACCCGACGGUUUUUUUAGGGUUUAAGGGUUCUCUCUCUCACUCUCUCUAUAUCAAAUCAGCAGCAAAAGCUCGAGAUGUAGGGUUCUAGGCGUUGUUUUAGGGUUUCGAAUUGCGUCACUUUGAUCGGGAGAUGGAUAGCGAGAUGGAGAGCGCUUCUCCGAGCUACUUUGAUCCUGAAGAUCUCACCACCAGAGAGCAGUUUCGUCGUUACGGGAUUGAUGCCCUUCCCUGAUCUAAUUUUACGUUUCGAGAACACAUGCCGACAUGUCUCUGAGUCGAUUAGGUAUGGGACUACUGGUAGACACCGGGUCAUAGAGGAUAAAUUGAUGAGGCAGAAAGCUCGGCUGUUGCUUGAUGAGGCAGCUUCUUGGUCACUUCUGUGGUACCUCUUUGGAAAAGGAAAUCAAUAACUUCCUGAAGACCUAAUUCUGUCUCCGGCAACUUCACAUCUUGAGGCUUGCCGGUUCGUUAUGGCAGAUCAUACAGCUCAACUAUGCCUCCGUAUUGUUCAAUGGCUAGAAGGGCUAGCAUCGGAAGCUCUUGAUUUGGAGAAAAAGGUGAGAGGAUGCCACGUUGGUUCGUAUCUCCCCAGUUCUGGUGUUUGGCAUCAUACACAGAGGUUUUUGAAGAAAGGGAAUACUGAUCCAGCUACUGUUCAACACUUGGAUUUUGAUGCUCCAACACGUGAAGUUGCUCAACUUGUCCCUGAUGACAAAAAACAGGAUGAAUCUCUUCUUGAAGAUAUCUGGGUUCUGUUAAGAGCAGGAAGAUUGGAAGAGGCAUGUGAACUUUGCCGAUCUGCUGGGCAGCCAUGGAGGGCUGCGACUCUAUGCCCAUUUGGAGGGUUGGAUCAAUUUCCUUCCAUUGAAGCUUUGCAAAAGAAUGGAAAGAAUAGAGCCUUGCAAGCCAUCGAACUAGAAAGCGGCAUUGGGCACCAAUGGCAUCUUUGGAAAUGGGCUUCUUAUUGCGCUUCAGAGAAAAUUGCGGAACAAGACGGUGGAAGAUACGAGACCGCUGUUUAUGCUGCCCAAUGUAGUAACUUGAAGCGCUUGCUUCCUAUCUGUACAGACUGGGAGUCAGCAUGCUGGGCAAUGGCAAAGUCAUGGCUUGACAUCCAGCUAGACUUAGAAUUGGCUCGGUUCCAUCCAGGUAGAUUGGAACAGUUGAAAAAUUAUGCUGAUGCCAUGGAUGGAUCUCGACAAGGAGACCAGACUUUGCAGCCUUCUGUUGGUCCAGAAGGUUGGCCAUGCCAUGUUCUUGAUCAACAACCGCGGGAUAUUUCUGCUCUGCUCCAGAAACUUCAUUCGGGCGAUGUGGUACAUGAAGCUGUUUCUCGAGCAUGCAAAGAACAGCAUCGGCAAAUUGAGAUGAACCUUAUGGUAGGAGAAAUAUCACAUCUGCUAGACCUUUUAUGGUCAUGGAUAUCACCUUCAGACGAUGAUCAAAAUGUUUUCAGGCCUCAUGGCGAUCCUCAGAUGAUCCGCUUUGGUGCACAUCUGGUGCUUGUUCUUAGAUAUCUAAUUGCUGAUGAAGUAAAGGAUGCUUUCAAGGAGAAGCUUAUGACAGUCGGUGAUCUCAUUCUUCACAUGUAUGCCAUGUUCUUGUUUUCCAAGCAGCACGAGGAGCUGGUUGGGAUUUAUGCCUCUCAACUUGCACCUCAUCUUUGCAUUGAUCUCUUUGUGCACAUGAUGGAACUAAGGCUCAAUGAUAGUGUGCAUGUCAAAUAUAAACUUUUCCUUUCUGCAAUGGAGUACUUACCGUUCUCUCCUGGGGAUGAUUCAAAAGGUUGUUUUGAAGAUAUUAUUGAUAGGGUUCUUUCAAGGUCCCGAGAAAUCAAAUCUGGUAAAUCUGAUGGGAAGUCAUCCGAUGUUGCUGAGCAGCACCGGUUACAGAGCCUUCAGAAAGCUAUGGCAAUUCAGUGGCUUUGCUUCACUCCACCAUCGACUAUCAAUGAUUCGGAGGUCAUAAAUGGCAAGCUUCUUAUGAGGGCAUUGAUGCAUGGUAACAUGUUGUUCAGGGAAUUUGCUCUGAUAUCCAUGUGGAGGGUUCCUAAAAUGCCAAUAGGAGCACACAUGUUACUUAGCUUCCUUGCCGAGCCUUUGAAACAGCCGACAGAUGCUCUUCUUUCCCUCGACGAGCAUGAUGUUUCUGAAAACCUUCAUGAGUUUAAAGAUUGGAGAGAUUAUUACUCUUGUGAUGCAACAUACCGAAACUGGCUUAAAGCAGACUUGGAGAAUGCGGAAGUUCCUCCACCUGAUCUGUCUAUAGAAGAAAGAGAGAGAGCUAGUGCCGCAGCUAGGGAAACGCUAAACUCAUCAUUGUCACUGUUGCUAAGAGAAGGAAGUCCUUGGCUGACUGCGGCUCAAAAUAAUCCAUUUGAAUCAACGGAUCUUUUGUUCAUUGAGUUACAUGCUACGGCAAUGCUCUGCCUACCCUCUGGUGAAUGCAUGUGUCCAGAUGCUACCUCAUGCACUACGUUGACUAGCGCACUCUACUCUUCAGUCAGUGAAGAAGUUGUGUUGAAACGCCAAUUAAUGGUUAGUGUCACCAUUUCUGCAAGAGACAAUUACUGUAUUGAGGUAGUACUCCGCUGCUUAGCUGAGAAAGGCGAUGGGCUCGGACUGCAUGAAAUGAAUGAUGGUGGUGUUCUAGCCACUGUCAUGGCAGCUGGCUUUAAAGGUGAGCUGCCUCGAUUUCAAGCUGGAGUUACAUUGGAGAUAUCCUGCCUGGAUGCUUGGUAUUCGGAUGCUAAUGGUUCCCUGAUGAAUCCUGCAACUUAUGUUGUGAGGGGCCUCUGUCGUAGGUGUUGUCUUCCAGAACUCGUUCUUCGAUGUCUGCAGGUUUCUGUUUCGCUUGCUGAAUCAGGUGAUUCAAUUGAGGGUCAUGAUGAAUUGAUUGAGUUAGUUGCUUCACCCGAGCCUGGGUUGAUCCAUCUGUUUAGUCAGCAUCAAUUGCAGGAAUUCUUAUCACUUGAGAGGGAAUAUUCAAUAGCAAAGAUGGAUUUGCAAGAGGAAGUCUUUGUGGAUGAUUCCUAAAGCCGGGUAUCCAAUGUGUUCAUUCGGGGAAUGCAUUGGAAUGCAUGGCCAAAUGCAGAACUGAGGAGCUUCUUGCAUGUUUGGGCGAGGAAAACACACAGCGGAACAAAAUUUGCAAUCGACGGAUGAGAUCGAAAGGCGGUCCACCCACCAUGGCCGGAGGUUUAUGCAAGUAAAAUACAACUAUGGAUUGAAGAUUAGGGGGAACAAAAAAAUCUGAUGUAGGCUAAGGGAGUGUUUUGUUGUAUCAUGAGUGGUAAUGAAAAAGACAAAUAUGCCCCCUGUUUUUGUCUCAAUAUACUAGUGAAUCCAUCUUUUAAUUUUAUUUUAAUGGGAGGCGUUGUAGGUGGGCCUACAUCCCAUGGCUACAACACAUGCUAGAAUUCCUCUA